AAUACCAAGGAAAAGUAACUAUUUCAAUAUACAACAUGCAAAAAAUGAAAUAAAUGGAUCUGGCAAGGCGAGUAGGAUAUCUUGCUUUUUAUACAUUAGCAAUUAGAUCGAUUUGUUGUGAUAAAACUGGACAAACAUCUUCAUAUUCCCGGAGACUUUACUCUGGGUGGACUUUACGCUGUUCAUUUCACAAACAACGAUAGAUGCGAUAUCAAAAUUGACCCCAAUAACGGAAUACAUCUUUUAGAUGCCACGGUACUCGCUUUAUCGGAAGUCAAUGUUUACUUAAAGCAAAAAGGAAUAACUCUUGGUUUGUUAGCAUAUGAUACUUGCUACAACAUUAACCCGUCAUUAGAAUUCUCGUUAGAAUUUGCUCAGCAAAGUUUUUACACGAAACACGAGGAGAUUGGAUACAAUAAUUGUACGACAGAGACAUCCAGACGGGUGAUAGGAGUCAUUGGCCCAGUGACCAGUAGGGAGACACAAUACGUGGCUAGCUUGCUAAGUCUCUUUAAAAUGCCACAGAUUAGUGCUACGGCUACUUCAUCAGUCCUUAAUGACCGACAAAAAUACAAGUACUUCAAACGAACAGUACCGUCGGACACGUACCAGGCCAAGGGAAUUGUCAAGCUUCUAAGAGCUUAUGGGUGGGAGUAUGUUAGUAUCCUGUAUGAAGAUUCCAGCUAUGGCAGAUAUGGUUACAUAGACGUCAAAACCUUUGCACGACUGGAUAAUGUAUGCAUUGGUUAUGAAAAGCAAACAUCAGAAGAAAUGACAGAUUUAGAGAUAAAAGAGCUUGUACGAGACCUAAAAAUAAGAAGAAAUUCCAAAGGAAAAAUUGUAGUAGUACUCUUUAUGUUGUAUCAGCAUGCAUACAGAAUUAUCCGUCAAAUUCAUGACAUGCGCAGUAAAGGCUUCAUUUGGAUCGGAAGUGACGGAUUAACCGGGCGCCAUCCCCCAGAUGGACUAGAAAAUAUCAUGGAGGGAGCAAUUGGAUUAACUCUUGAAACUUCUGAAUAUCCAGGAUAUCUCCAAUACGUCAAUACCCAAAGGAUAAGCACAAAUCCGAAUCCGUGGUAUUCAGAAUUCCUACAACAAUAUUUCCCAAACUGCACAAUGGAAAGCUGUGCCUGGAUAAAUAAUACUGGUAUCCCGUAUAUCAUCAAUGUCCGAGAUGCUGUUUAUGCGUUUGGUGAAGCCAUUCUAAACAUUCAUUCAGACAUGUGCCAAAAUCAUACUGGUGUAUGUAAAGAAGUCAUAGAUAAAUUAACAGGAGAUCUAUUGUUAGAAUACCUCGAGAAGAUCAAAAACCCUUUGAACACUUCAUUCAAUUUCGUUCAUGGCGUUGAAGGACAACCUUGAUACAGUAUACUACAGUACAAAGAAAAAGGCAAUCACUUUGAAUGGACUGAAAUAGGAAAAUUUGUAGGAGAAGACUUGAUCCUCAACACUUUUAAGAUGCAGGCGGCGUGUUCUGUGGAUUGUCUUCCUGGCUACAUCAAAAGAAUAACAGAUAUCUGUUGUUGGGACUGUACACCCUGUCCUACAGGAUCCAUCA